GAGAGGGGAGGCUUGGAGAAGGCAGCAGCAGGCACAGCCCAGAGGUGCAGUCCAGCAUCGUGCACUUCCCCUGCCGCCAACCCCCCACAGACCAGCCCUCAGCCAUGAUCAGGAGAGGCUCCCAAGUGAUCACAAGGCUUGGCCACACCAGAGCCCUCCCAGGGCCCUUCUGUGUCCUGCCCAGACUUGAUGUCGCCUCUGUGUACAGCUCCUCCACAGAUGCCUUGAUCUCCCAAUUCUGUCUGGGAAAGGAAGGCCUGAAAGACUACGCCGUUCCCAAUGCCAGCUGGUGUCCGGAUAUGCUGAGCCUGUACCAUGAGUAUCUGGAGAAGACCAAGUCAGACGGCUGGUUCAAACUGCCCUCCUUCAAAUCCAACCGAGAACACAUACAGGGAUUCCAGCUCCCAUCUGCAUUCAAAGUGACCUCAGACAAAAAGGACUGGCGCAACUUCACCAGGGGCAUCCAAGUAGAAGGGCAAGGUUACGAGUAUGUCAUCUUCUUCCAACCCACUAAGAAGAAGUCUGUUUGUCUUUUCCAACCAGGCCCCUUCCUGGAGGGGCCUCCAGGAUUUGCUCAUGGAGGGUCCCUGGCAGCCAUGAUGGACGAGACCUAUUCCAAAACGGCCUACCUGGCUGGGGAGGGGCUGUUCACACUGACCCUCAACAUCAAGUUUAAGCACUUGAUCCCCGUGGGCUCCCUGGCUGUUCUGAACGUGGAAGUGGACAAGAUCGAGGACCAGAAGCUUUACUUGUCCUGUGUCACCCAGAGCCAAGACCAGCAGACACUCUACGCCAAGUCCUCUAGUGUUUUCAUUCGGCUGCCGCUGGAAAAAGAGUCACCCCAGUGAGGGUCACUGCGCCAUCAGGAGAGCCUCCCGCAAGCCUGCCAGGGCCCCCUCGCCAAGCAGGGAACUUGUGCUAGGAACGGGCUGGCAACUUGGAGGGGAGGCACUUUCCUAGGAGUCAAAUAAAGUCUUGCAAUCCC